AUGUGGUCAUCCAUCCUCGGAACGUCCUUUCUUUUUGCUUGUCUAGUUCAAGCUCGCGAACCAGGGCCGAUCUUGUUACCAGCAAGUGGAUGGUCCGGAAUCGAUGGCAAUUGGUCAACUAUCUCGCUUUCCCUUGGUUCGAAUUCACAGCAAGUUGAAGUUCUUGUGAGCACGGCUCUUUCCGAAUUCUGGGCAGUUGGGUCUGGAGGAUGUCUACCCAAAGAACCUCACUGUACCGCCGCUCGAGGAGGUGUCUAUAACCCUCAAGAGUCUAGUGAUUGGAGCCCAUUGGGCAUCUGGCAGCUAGGCCUCAACUAUCUUGGCUAUGGAGGAAAUGGGGAUUAUGGCCGUGAUCGUAUCAGCAUGCGAAGCCCUCUUAGCGAUACGCCCUACGCCAUGGAUGAUGUGUUGAUAGCAACAAUCAACACCACCAGCUACUUGCAUGGACUCUUUGGUUUGGGCAUCACUCAGGGCAAUUUCAACGGCACUGUUGCAGAUUCGCCGUUAACUCAAGCAGUCGCGCAAUAUGGAUUGAUUCCAAGCUACAGCUUCGGAUACACAGCUGGUGCAUACUAUAGGAACACACCGGUCUCGCUGACACUCGGAGGCGUCGAACCGUCCCGAUAUCAGGAGCAUGAUAAUGUCUUCACACUGACCCAGGAAGAUAACCUAGAACGACCUUUAGUUCGUGGUAUUGAAAUAACGCCACCCGAUGGCCAGGAUGCUCCCGAUUCCUGGGAAUCCGAACAACUCUUACUGUCCCAGUGGAACUCAUCCUUCUAUGCCAUCAUUGAUAGCACUACUCCAUAUCUAUGGCUACCAGAGAGUGUUUGCGAUCAGUUUGCUCAAGCCCUCAACUUGACAUACAACAAUACUUUUGACCUUUAUACUGUUAGCAACGACCAAUAUCGCGCCUAUAAGAAUGACGAAUCAUUCAGCCUUACGUUUGUACUUUCUAGUUUCGACGACAACGACAACUUUGGCGAUCCCUAUGAUGUGUCGGGUAUAGUUAAUAUCACCAUACCUCUUAGAGCCUUUGUGGGAUUGUUGCAAUACCCAUUCAUGCAGCAUACUAUCGAAUACGGCGACCCAGCAAUCCCUUACUUCAUGCUCCGAAAGGCGCAGGACAGCGCGGCGUAUAUCCUAGGACGAUCGUUUUUGCAGGAGUCGUACCUCAUCACUAAAUAUGACGAGGGCGUCUUCUCUAUACACCAGGCUCUCUUCCCAGAUGAACCAUUUGAUGACUCCGAGUUAUCCCCAAUUAAGCAGUCUGACAACAGCCCGUAUCCUCCACCGAAAUCAAACGAUUCCAAAAGCGGCCUUUCAGAUAUACAGGUGGUGGGAAUAGGAGUAGGGGUUGGCCUAGGAGUCUUUGCUGUUUGCGUGACAGCCUUGGCAGUGUGGCUAUACUUCAGACGAAAACGCAAGGCUGCAGCUGGAGGCAACAACCUGUCGGAGGAGGACCAAGGCCCGUCCUCGAGCGUUGCAUCGCAGUCGCCGAAGUCUCCUCUGUCCCUCUUGUUCUCCAAGGUUUUUGGUCGCAGUGACGCGACUCAGCAAGGUAAAGGAGCUGCCUGCGAUGGGGAAAAAGCUGUUGAAGCACCGGAUACACAGAUUCAUGAAAUGCUAGCCCCGAUCCCGCCAGCAGAACUUGAUGCGGAUGAUAGUAUGUCAUGGAACGACGAUACUGAGCUAGGAACUGACAACUCCAACAACAUGAGUGCAUAUGAAAUGGCCAGGAAAAAGAUGGAAAGACAACUUCAGGGCCCAGUGCCAUCAUAUACUCCCCGUGCUGAUGGCGCAGAGAUGCCCCCAGAGAAAGCGAUAUACCAGCCAAAUCCAGCAAAUGCCCCCCCCGCAGCCCUGCAACUAUCACCGUCUGGAUCUUUGAAGACAAACCGGGAAGAAAACUCGAAUCCAAGCUCCAUACCAUUACCAUCACCAUUGACCACACGCUUCGACGCAAAUGGCCACCCCAUCAAUACGCCAUCUCCAUCUAUGGUAGUGAUGCCUGUAUCACCAACUAAUGAAGGCAACAACUCAUCACCAAACUCGCCUCUCUCCACAGAUUCCGACCAUCACACCAUCAACUCCAUGACAAUGGGCAGAUCCUCCUCCGAUAGGGAAUCUCACUCACCGAAAUCAACCACGAACAUACCAGAGCGGACAGUCCAACGGGCACCAAUUGACCCAUCAAAGGUUGUGUUUCUAGGAGCACUACCUGAAGACGCUCGGUUUACUCGCCAUGCUGAGCCGCACCCUGCAUUGGACCCCGGCGACUCUUCGCAACGCCGGGGCACUUUUGAUACUCUGGGAAGCAAUUUCACUGUCGAAGAAGAAAGACAUAGUACAGAAGACUCAACAACACGUUUGGAAUUGGGUACGAAUGAAUCAUUUGUUGAAGCUGUGAGAGACCAUUCACAGUUGAAUUCUCCAACAGACCAACCUGACACUUCACGGAGUCCAGAGCGUAUCAAUCCAGGCGAGGACUUGAUUCACGUACCGCAACUGGCCGAGAGGCGAUACAGCUGGGAGUAA